AUGUCCACCCCGAGGUCGCGAACAACCAAUCGUAAACCGCCGACGGAAUUACCACUCGUUCUGUCUAAACAUUCUAGUAACUCCGUUGGCGAGAUGCAGAAAAUCCGCAUAACUCCUAACCAGCCAUCCAGGUUGCCACCGAUCAUGUCGACAAGACUGUACCUUAAGGAGGUACCUCCAGCCUAUUCUCGCAACCAAAUGCUGCGUAUCAUCACCGAAACCGCCAGUUUACCCGAUAAUCGCUUCAAUCGCAAGGAAACCUCCACCUUGGUCCAACUCUUUCUCACUACUGCUAAGAAGGGGGGUUUUGAGGGAGGAAUGUUGCCAUCCGAGUUCCGCGUUCUUCUUUUUGGCACCCUCGACAUCACUGAUCCCAAUACCCUGGAUGGCUUGUGCAGAGCGGCCUCAACCGUUAUAGUGAGAGGAAGAGUAAAGUGCGAAAAGACUAUACAUCUGCCCGGUUUCAUAAGAACUCUGUCAACUCUACUGCGUGGAGACCUAGAGUCACGAGCUGCUCUGGCCUUCGAUGUACUCGACAUUGACAUGGACGGUUACCUACAGGAACACCUGGAAAUGAGACGUCUGCUGAAACGCUGCAUUGAUGUCGACCAUCCCGAACCCGGACUGGAAGAUGAUCCCUAUGAGGCUUUCCGAGAUUUUGGCCGUUAUAUUCAGCAGUUUUUCAAUGUCACACAGUUACAACCGCUUACCAAAAGCAUGUUCAUAGACCUGGUAAAGCAAAAGCCCUUCCUUCUGGAUACAGCUCUUCCUGUCUUCCCCGAGCCUUAUUCAUCGUGCACCUUCGAAUUUCUCUUUGGAACUCCCAAGUACCCGGAACUCGAUUAG